AAAAUAAAAAAACUAAAAAAAAGAAGAGAAAAAGAAAUCUAAAAAAAAAAAAAAAGCAAUGUUGACUCGACCCAUGUCUAUCCUUUUGGACAUACUGUGGCCUUUAGGGAGAUACUCGAUUUUCUGUGACCUCUAGUGUUCUGUGCCUUUUCUUGGUGACUCUCACUGUCCAUCUUUCAUAGUUUCCCCUUCUUAUGAAGAAUAAAUGAGCAUAUGAUGGAUAUAGAUGAUCCUUAUAAGCAGCUUCAUUAUUUUCCUGAAUUUCGAAAUUCAAACACAUUGUUUAACAACUCUUUUAAAGUUGGUUUUGAAAUAGAGGGCAUGAUCUUUCCAAAACAAAGAUCAUAAGCCUUUUUUUAUCUAGUAAAUGAAAAAUAGAAUUUGGAGCCAACACAGUUUAUUAAUUAUUACUCUUUUGAGUAAAUCAUUAGCACUGAUUUUUAACUUUACUUGUAAACAUAUAAAUACACGUGUCCACUGAACCAGGUCUUGUGCCUCUUAGAAGCUCUAUUAGAGGAUCUCAGCUCUCCUGGAAGAGCUCAGAGUCUCAGCAGCUGGAUUCCCUGGACCCUGCUUCUCCAUGGCUCUUGCAGGUUCUCCAGCCUCCCUUCCCCUGUGUGUGUGUCUGCUGCUGGCCUCUGACUUUGUCCAGGCAGGCAGACUGCUGGUGGUCCCCAUGGAUGGGAGCCACUGGCUCACCAUGAAGAUGGUUGUGGAAAAGCUUGUCAACAAAGGACAUGAGGUGGUGGUAGUGGUGCCAGAGGUGAGUUGGCAACUGGGAAAAUCCAUGAAUUUGACAGUGAAGACGUACUCAAUUUCUCACACCCUAGAGGAUUUAAACCGCGAGUUCAAGUAUUUUUCUGACACUCAAUGGAAAACUCCAGAACAGAGUAUGCUUUCUUUAAUGACAGGCACAGCCAAAGGUUUCUUUGAAAUAAUAUUUUCACACUGUAGGGAUUUGUUUAACGACAAGAAGUUAGUGGAGCACUUGAGGCAGAGUUCUUUUGAUGCUGUGUUUCUGGAUCCUUUCGAUGUGUGCGGCUUAACUGUAGCCAAGUAUUUGUCACUCCCUUCAGUGAUCUUUGCAAGAGGCGUGUUUUGUCACUAUAUUGAAGAGGGUGCAAAGUGUCCCAGCCCCCUCUCUUAUGUUCCCAGAAUUCUCUUGAAAUUCACAGACACCAUGACUUUCACGGAGAGAGUCUGGAACCACAUAUCCUACAUGCUGGAACAUGCAAUUUGCCCCUAUUUUUUCAAAACUGCUUCAGAAAUUGCCUCUGAAGUUCUCCAGACCCCAGUGACUAUGGAGGACCUCUUCAACCAAGUGUCCAUUUGGUUGUUACGAACAGACUUUGUGCUGGAUUUCCCCAAACCUGUGAUGCCAAACAUGGUCUUCGUUGGUGGGAUGAACUGCCAGCAGAGAAAGCCUAUUUCCCAGGUAUGUUAUUUCACCUUUAGUCCAUGAAGAGACCCCUGGGUUUGGACAAUACAAAGGAAAUUCUUUACUGAGGUGUGAUUUAUUGUUUAUAUCGCAUUGUGUGGAAUUUCUUCCUGGGUUAGAGAAUUGUUUUGUGCCAGUUUACUAAUUAGGAAACAAUUCUAUACAGGUGCCCUAUUGACAUGGUUAUGUAUAUCUGUGGCAAUAUUGCACAUACAUU